CCUAUGAACCGCCUCCACAGCAUCAGCCUUCCAUACUUCCCCUGACGGUGCAUAUGCAAGGCGCAAGGCAUCGCUGAUAGCUCUUGAAUCGUAACACUGGGCUAAUAGUAGCAGUGGCGGCAACAGUCUUCACGAGCAUUGUUCCGCGGGCCUAACAUUCGAUAGCUGAAUACCCAGAGAGAGUUCGUAAUUCACACGCUGCACCAAAGAACAUGGCUUUUGCACUGAAGGGAGUGGCAUACAUUACCGGUGCUGGGUCUGGCAUUGGCCAGUACACUGCAUAUGCUCUUGCAAGACAAGGUGUACGCUCAUUCGCCUUGCUGGAUCGCAAUCCCGUCACUAAAACCGUGAGCGAACUACAUAAAAUCUCAUCCGACUGUUCUAUCAAGACCUUCGAGAUCGAUGUCACCAACGAGAAAGCUGUCGAUGACAGUGUAGAAAAGACGGUCAAGGAGUUCGGACGACUAGACUAUGCUGUCAACAAUGCCGGCAUAGGUGGCAUGAUCAAGACCUCAGACCAGAUCCCGAGAGACGACUUCGAGAAAGUCAUGUCCAUCAAUACCACCGCUGUUUGGCAAUGCCAACGUGCGCAGGUUCGGCAGAUGCUCAAACAGGAAAAGUUGUCGGACUCGUACCGGUCAUAUCGAGGUUCCAUCGUCAAUGUCGCAUCCAUGUAUGGUCUGGUCGCACCGCCGCUCAACGUUCCUGCUACCGCAUACGCUACUUCCAAGCACGCUGUCAUUGGCCUUACAAAGUCAGAUGCACUCGCCUUCGCGCACAAGGGUAUCCGCAUCAACGCAAUUUCACCUGGAUAUGUAAUGACACCUUUGGUACAAGAGCACAUGGGUCAAGGCGAAAUGAUGGAAACGGAGAGAAAAAAGGUCCCUGUUCACCGCUAUUCAGAGAUGGAGGAAAUCGGCGACUGUAUUGCGUUCCUACAUUCUGACGCGGCGAGUUACAUGAUUGGAUCCACAUUAGUCGCGGACGGAGGAUACACAAUUGUCUAAAGCUUUGUACUAGCCAACGCCUUGAUGACUCGACAUUGCCUUCACACGCUUGCUACGAUACAUAAUUCUUUUGUCAAACAUAUGCAACUGUGUUGAUUUCAUCGGUCGCAUCUCGGCAGAGGUUGUCCACCGAGUGCUCCACCCCGAUCCCCGCAAAUUGGGAGACGCAACCUCCAUAUCCGAAAAGGGUCCCGACUGCCCCAAGCAUUUGUACGAUUGGCUAAUCGACCCUCUUUCGGUUUCAUCACCAUUACGCGACCUGAGGGCUCCAGAUCUUGCGUCUGUGCAACACUCGGAAAUGCUUUGCCA